AUGCUGUACUUGAUAGGUCUGGGUUUAGGUGAUGAGAAAGAUAUCACGUUGAGAGGACUAGAAGCAGUGAAGAAAUGUGAGAAAAUUUACAUGGAAGCCUACACGUCUCUUCUUUCAUUUGGUCUCACCACGGAUGGACUCUCCACUCUGGAAAAGUUGUAUGGGAAACCAAUUACCAUUGCGGAUAGAGAGAUGGUAGAAGAGAAGGUAGACAAUGUAUUAUCUGAAGCUACUUCAUUUGACGUUGCUUUCCUUGUUGUUGGAGAUCCUUUCGGGGCUACAACACACACUGAUCUUGUUGUUCGAGCUAAGGAAUUAGGGGUUGAGGUCAAAGUGGUACACAAUGCAUCGGUAAUGAAUGCUGUUGGGAUUUGUGGGUUGCAAUUGUACCGUUAUGGAGAGACAAUUUCGAUUCCUUUUUUUACAGAUACGUGGAAACCUGAUAGCUUUCACGAGAAGAUACAAAGAAAUCGUGAGCUUGGAUUGCAUACUCUUUGCCUGUUAGAUAUAAAAGUGAAGGAACCUACAUGGGAAUCCUUGUGCAGAGGAAAGAAGCAAUAUGAACCACCAAGAUUCAUGACCAUAAAUACAGCAAUUGAGCAGCUCUUGGAGAUUGAGCAAAAUCGUCAAGAAUCUGCAUACAGUGAAGAUACUAAUUGUGUUGGGCUUGCUCGGCUUGGAAGUGAAGAUCAGAUGAUUGUUGCUGGCACAAUGAGGCAACUACUGGCGGUUGAUUUUGGAGCACCCCUGCACUGUCUUGUAAUAGUAGGCAAGACCCAUCCUUUGGAAGAAGAAAUGCUGAAUGUAUACAAGCUUAAAGGAGAGAGUCUAGACCACAAAGAUGAUGCUACUGCAUGA